AUGUGCCUUUUAUGUACCUUGCACAUCUUGCGCAGCAACGGCGGGUGGGUGAUGCAUGAAGAGGCGUGUGUGCAUUACACGGACAUGCAACACCAGAUGACGCUGGCCCUCCGCUUCAUCCUCUCCUCCCCGCCCACACCCCCCUCGCAUGCCCUCCUCCACAUGCCUGGUUUCUGCAGCAACGGCGGGUGGGUGAUGCAUGACGAGGCGUGUGUGCAUUACACGGACAUGCUACACCAGAUGACGCUGGGACACCGCUUCCUCAAGCGAGAGUUCAACGCCGUGCCAACCGUCACCUGGCAGGUCGACCCCUUUGGCCACUCCGCCACACACGGCUACCUGCUCACUGCUCAGGCGGGCAUGGACGCGGUGUUUGUGGGGCGCGUGGACAUCAAGGAGGGGCGGCGCCGCAAGGACCAGCGCACCUCCGAGUUCCUCUGGCGCGCCUCCCAGACCUUUGGCCGCGAUGCUCAGGUGUUCACGGGCAUCCUAGACCGCUACACCUACUAUCCCCCAGAGCUCUUCAAGUGGGAGCCGGCAGAUGACCACUCACUGGGAGUCAAGGAUAACCUCUGGUCCUCAGAGACAAAUGUGAAGCAGCGAGUCAACGCAUUCGUCAACGAGGCCCUCCAGCAGGCGGCCAGUUACCGCACGGAUCACAUCAUGUGGACCAUGGGGGAGGACUUCUCACACGCGGAUGCACUGCCGUGGUUCUCCAACCUCGACAAGCUCAUUCACUACGUCAACCUCGACGGGAGAGUGAAUGCGCUCUACUCCUCCCCAGCCAUGUAUGUGGACGCCAAGCACCGUGCCAACGAGUCCUGGCCCACCAGAACAGGAGACAUGUUCCCCUACGAUGAGCACGAGGGGGCCUACUGGUCGGGUUACUUCUCCAGCCGCCCUUCCUUCAAGUACAUGGCUCGCGUCUGCAGCUCCCUCCUCCUCGCAACCACAGCAGCGGAGACGUUGGUGGGGCGCGGGGUGCUGGAGCAGUGGGAUGAGCAGGAGGAGCGCUUGGAAACGCAGCGAGUGGAGGAGUGCGAGUCCCGCGAGGAGGAGUGCCCGGGGACGGAGGGGUGGCGGCGCGUGGUGCGGGGCGUGGCGUCAACCGCACCGCUGGAAGAUGCUGUGGCGAUUGCUCAGCACCAUGAUGCUAUCACUGGCACGGCGAAGCAGCAUGUGUCGAAUGACUACGCGCUGCGCCUGCAUGCUGGCGCUGUGGAGGCCUCUCAAGUGCUCACAUCAGCUCUCGCGUAUCUCAUCACCAAAGGCGCGCACACUGCCUUCGUCUCAGCCGCAGCCGGGAAGCAGCAGCAGCAGCAGGAGUUGGAGCAGCAGCAGCAGCAGCAGCAACAGCAGCAAGAACAGCAACAGCAACAGCAGCAGGAGCAGCAGCAGCAAGAGAUGAUACGGCAGCAGCAAUGGCAACAGCAGCAGCAGCAGCAGCAGCAGCAGCAGCAGCAGCAGCAGCAGCAACAAGCGGGCACUCGUGCUAUAACUCCAGAAAUGAUAGCUGCAGCUGCCGAAGCAGUAGCAACCGGCCAAACCUCAAACCCCAUGCCCAGGCCUGAGAUGCCCUUCCCCUACCGUAGACCCUUGCCAGAACAAUUUACCGAGCCUGCGGCGGAGGGUCCUCCCCAGAUUUCCUACCCAGAGCGCCCGCAGAGCGGGGAGGCGGGUAUAAGAGUGGACCCGCAGUGGUUCCAGAGGCACCAGGCGUGGGAAGCAGCACUAGCAGCAGCACGGGCGGAAGGGGAGCAGGGAGGAGGGGCGGGGGGAGAAGGCGCAGCAGGGGCAGGGGAGGCGUGGAGGAAGAGGGUGCCUAUGGAGGUGGUGCAGGAAGGGGAAGAGGGUGGGGUAAGGGACGGGGGAGGGGAAGGGGACGGGGGAGGAGGGGAAGGUAGUUUGGGCAAGCUGGGAAGGCGGCUGCUGGGGGUGGGGUGGCGGGGAGAUGCAGGAGUUGAGAUGGGUGAGGGAGGAGAGGGGCGGCAGGGACGUACCUGGAAGGCGGAGGGGGAGGGGAUGGGUGAGCAGUUGCCCCUCAUCUUCAGUGUUGCCCUGCCUGCUGCUGCUGCUGCUGCUGCUGCUGCUGCUGCUGCUGCUGCUGCUGCUGCUGCUGCUGCUGCUGCUGCUGCUGCUGCUGCUGCUGCUGCUGCUGCUGCUGCUGCUGCUGCUGCUGCUGCUGCUGCUGCUGCUGCUUCUUCUUCUCUGCGUACUUUGCCUGCGCCCCUCCCUUGCCGCGCAUGGUUGCGCCUGGGGUUAUAUUUCCCUUCUCCCCUGCUCCCCCCUUCUCCCCUUCUCCCCUUCUCCCCUGCUCACGCCUAUCUCCCCGUCUCAUCCACUUCUCCGCUUCCCUGUGCUCCGUACCCCCCCUCUCCGCCACCUGCCCCAUCCACCCCUUCCCCGUCCCAGUGCCCCCUGCUAAACAUUUCCUUCUGCCCGCCCUCUCAGCAGCCGCUGUCGCCCACCUCCACUCUGGUCGUUGUGGCAUACAACCCACUCGCAUGGGUUCGCUCUGAGAUCAUCCGCUUCCCGGUGUCCUCCGCAGGGGUGGAGGUGCGGGAUGCGGCGGGGCGAGUGGUGGCGUCACAGAUAGUACCCGAGGGGCUGGUGCCGCCGCGCCUGCGCUCCGUGCACGUGCAGGCAAACACCGGCGCGCGCCUGCAGCCCACGGUGGGGCCCUUGUCGGACGGCUCUGCCGCAGCGCCGCUGCUGAGCGUGGUGUUUGAGGCGCAGGUGCCGCCACUGGGCUAUGCCACCUUCUUCCUCUCCCCCGCCCAGCCAGUGGCCGGCGUGCGCCUGCAGCCCACCCCGCGGGGCCCGCUGCUGAGCGUGGUGUUUGAGCCCAGCCAGGUGCAACUUGGAGGGGCGAAUGGUGGUGUUGGCGGCGAGGUGACUGACCGCCUCAGGAUAUGCCAAGACUAUGUCGCCCCUUCUGUUACACCUCUCUCACCACCCCGUGUGCGAGCAAGUCCAGGUGCAGCAGGCAUGGCGAGCAACAGCAGUGAGUGGAACGACAACGUGCCGCUGCAGGGCGCUUCUGCUGCCGAUACCGCCACACCAGACGGCAGCGCAGCAGCACAGGGCAGUGCAGAGGAAGAGGGCACCACAGCAGCACAGGGCAGCGGUGCAGAGGCACAGGAGGGAGAAGACAGCAUCGUUCUUGGAGGCCCGGUCCCAUCGCUUCCUGCUGCUUCUGGUGGGGCAGCAGGAGGAGGAGGGGGAGGGGGAGGGGAGGCGUGGGCGCGAGUGAGCUUCUCUAGAAGCGGCUAUGGGUUGGCGAAGAUGGAGCUCAUGCGAGGCGGCGAUGCUGCUGCUGCUGGGAGCUCUGCUGUGCAAGCAGAGGUGGAGCUGACAAGCAGUCUCAUGGCCUAUAGUAAAACCUUGAGUGGUGCGUAUCUCUUCCGCCCAUUGAAGCCAGCACUGAGAGUCGAUGCCAACAACGCUGAUGGGCAGGUGCCAGUGCGGGUGGUGAAGGGGCCGCUGGUUCACGAGUUCCAUCGCAAGGUGGCGCCUUCUGUCAAUGAGGUGUUCAGAGUGUAUCCGGGGAAGGACUAUGCCGAACUGCAUUACAUGGUGGGCAUGGAUGAGAGGGAUGCGGUGGGCAGGGAGUACAUCACUCGCUUUGACUCCACAAUCCGCUCCAACUCCACCUUCUACACCGAUUCUAACGGCCGAGACUACAUGACUCGUGUCCGCAACUACCCAUAUGACGCAACGGAACCAGUCUCACAUCCCAUCGCAGGCAAUUACUACCCGCUGACUAGCGGUGCGCACAUGGGGGACCCCAGCGUGCAGCUGUCAGUGCUGGUGGACCGUGCUCUGGGGGCCAGCAGCCUGGCCGAUGGACAGCUGGAGGUCAUGCUGCACAGGCGCCUGCAGAUGGACGACGGCAAGGGCGUGGCGGAGGUGCUCAAGGAGACCGUCUGCAUCAAUAACGGCCAGUGCGAACCCCUCGCUGUUGUUGGUUCCAUCCGCUUUGCGCUGCACCCGGGGAGGAGGAAAGUUCCCAUUGCUGCGGCUGCUGUUGCUGACGCUGCUGCUGCUGCUGCUGCUGCUUCUGCUGCUGCUGCCGGCGCUGAUGCUGGUGGUGGUGGUGGUGGUGCUGCGGCUGCUGCCGAUGCUGUCCCUAACACUGACGGCUCCCCUACAAUUGCUGCCCCGUCGGGUGGGGGGGGGAAGGAGGAGUGGCAGGGAGGGGAGGAGGCGGCACAGUGGAGAAGAGAGCACGCGCAGCGCCUGCUGACACCUCUACAGCUGACCUUUGCAGUCGAGAACCCGGAGGCACUGGCAGCAGCAGCAGGGCGGCUGAGGUGGCGGUACUCCCUGAGUGGCGAGGGCGGGGAGGGCGACAUGCAGGCGGGGGGCCUGUACUCGCUGCCGCCCAACGUGGCGGUCAUCUCCAUGCAGGAGCUCUCCCGCAACCACCUGCUGCUGCGCCUCGCUCAUCUCUAUGAGGCCAAGGAGCAUCCCUCUCUAUCCACCAUGGCCUCUGUGCCCCUGCGACAGCUCUUUGCUUCCAGACAGAUCAUCUCUCUCACAGAGCUCAGCUUGACGGCCAAUCAGAAGAAGGCAGACAUGCGCCCGCCAAUGGUAUGGCGGGAGGAGACGACAGCAUCAACACAGGGUGCACCAGGGGAGGUGUCAUCUGAGAGGCCGGUGUAUGGGGGGAAGGUGGAUCCGCAGCAGCUGGUGGUGGAAUUGGGGCCAUUGGAGAUCCGCACUUUCGCACUCACCUUCAAGCCCUUUUCUACAUGA